AUGGACGCCUCCAAAGGCCGCUUCGGGUACCUCAAAAACCGUCAAUUCUGGCUCGUGCUACUCCUCAGUCAAGCUCUCGCCGUGACCAUCACCGGAACCAACACCCUCUCGACCCUCCUCUCCAUGCAAGGAACCUCCAUUCCAGCCUUCCAGUCGCUGUUCAACUACGUCCUUCUCAACUUGAUCUACACCUCCUGGACGAUUUACAAGUACGGUUUCAAAAAGUGGCUGCGACUUCUCUACACCGAUGGAUGGCGGUACUUCAUCCUCGCCUUCUUUGACGUCGAGGGGAAUUAUUUCACCGUGCUGGCGUAUCGAUACACGACCAUUCUCUCUGCGCAGCUGAUCAAUUUCUGGGCGAUUGCGGUCGUGGUCGUCAUUUCGCUCAUCUUCCUCAAGGUCCGGUACCACGUUUUCCAGUACAUCGGUAUCCUGAUCUGCUGCGGUGGACUGGGUCUCCUGGUCGCUUCGGAUCACAUCACCGGUUCGAACGGCGGGAAGGCGGUGGACGCGGUCAAGGGUGACUUGUUCGCACUGCUGGGUGCGACCUGCUAUGGACUGAGCAAUGUCCUCCAGGAGUUCCUGGUCAGCAAGAAGCCGCUGUACGAAGUCAUCGGCCAGCUCGCGUGGUGGGGAAUGUUCAUCAUCGGCGUGCAAGCCGGCAUCUUCGAUCGAGCAGCUUUCCGUGCUGCGACCUGGAAUGCCAAGGUGGGCGGAUACAUGACCGGCUACACUCUGCUGUUGACGUGGUUCUACUCGGCCGUGCCGGUGGUUUUGCGCAUGGCUUCGGCGGCGUUCUUCAACAUUGGAUUGUUGACGGGUAACUUCUGGGGUGUCGUGGUCGGAACGCAGGUGUUUGGGUACACCAUCCACUAUUUGUAUCCGAUUGCGUUUGUGUUGAUUAUGGUCGGGCAUUUCGUGUACUAUGGUACUGAGGGCGUCCUUGGCGAGGCGAAGAAGCCGUGGUUGGGCGAGAACCAGGAGGGUGGUGAUGAUGGUAUUGGUACGGCGAGGAGGCGGUUGGAGAGGCCUGGCGUGACGUUGUAG